AUGGCAGUAGGAAAGGAGAUUGUGGGCAUCGUCCAGGCUCUGAUAGGAUGGAUCUUAGCUAUUGUCACCUGUGCUCUGCCGAAGUGGAGAGUCACAGCUUUUACUGGCUCUAACAUCGUCACAUCACAGAUCAUCAGGGAGGGAAUCUGGAUGAGCUGUGUUGUGCAGAGCUCUGGACAGAUGCAGUGUAAGGUCUAUGACUCCAUGCUGGCUCUGUCUUCAGACCUGCAGGCAGCCCGAGCCAUGACUGUCAUCUCCAUCGUCACGGCUCUGCUGGCUUUGAUAAUCUCCAUUGUGAGUGUAAAGCGGACCAACUGCAUCUCUGGGAUCCUCUUCCUUAUUGCUGGCAUCAUUCUGCUCAUCCCUGUGUCCUGGACAAGCUACACCAUCAUGCAGGACUUCUACAAUCCUUUACUUCACUGGGCUCAGCGCAGAGAGCUUGGAGAAUCCCUCUACAUUGGCUUUGCAGCUGCCGCUCUGCUCAUCAUUGGAGGAGGUUUUCGUUCCUUCGUCUGUUCUCCACAACAUAAAAGCUCCAGAUAA